CUGAGCGAGGCGUGUGCCUGCCACACACAGCAGCCCAGCGAUGAGCGAGAACCCUCCUGCCAACCUCAAUGCUGGAGAAACUGCUGCAACUGGGCCCACCACACCACGCAAGGGGCCUCCCAAGUUCAAGCAGAGACAGACAAGGCAGUUCAAGAGCAAGCCCCCUAAAAAAGGAGUAAAAGGGUUUGGAGAUGACAUCCCAGGCAUGGAGGGACUGGGCACAGAUAUCACAGUGAUUUGCCCAUGGGAAGCUUUCAGCCAUCUGGAACUGCAUGAGCUGGCCCAGUUUGGGAUCAUCUAAAGCACCAGCAUCUCUUUUGGUGUCACCUGGUGGCUCCACAGAUCCCAGCACAGUCUUCAUCACCUUUGACACUUAUUUUUUGGCCCUUGCAUCCCAUCCA